GGCCGGGCGGCUGGAAGGCGGACAGACGGGCGGACGUCGGCGCGGCCAAGGCGGCGCACCACGAGUCAAGUCAGUUUGUCAGUUCAGUUGGGCCGAGGCCGAACCGCACGGCUGCUGCAGGCUGCAGGCCAGACGGCAGCGGCGUCGCUGCGUCGCGCUACAAGAAGUGCAGUGCCACAGUGCAACGGUGCAACGGUGCAUCGGCGAGGAUGCGUGGAGUGUAGUGCAAGACGGCGUGCGCCCGGAGGGCCUGGAGGGCCAGCACCCACGGGGCCGCCAUGGCCGGUGCGCCGCGGACCUCCUCCACCUCCACCACCACCAGCAGCAGCUGCAGCAGGAGACGGAGGCGUCGCACCUCGCGGACCUCGCGGACCUCGCGGUGCAGCGAGCCCUCCACCGCCCCGGCCGAGGCCGCGAAGGCCGUGACGCCGCACAAGCAACAGGUGGAAUGACUCACCAUGUGGCCCCGCCGCGGCCCGCGCCUCGGCCCUGCCCGCCCAAGAAGCUGGCCCGGGACUCACUCAAGCGGGAGUCGCUGGGGUCGCUGGGCCGGGAAUCGCUUGGCUCUCUCGGCCGGGAGUCACUGGGGUCGCUGGGCCGGGAGUCGCUUGGCUCCCUCGGCCGGGAGUCCCUUGGAUCGCUGGGCCGGGAGUCGCUGGGAUCGCUCGGCCGGGAGUCGCUUGGCUCCCUCGGCCGGGAGUCGCUUGGCUCCCUCGGCCGGGAGUCACUGGGGUCGCGGGGCCGGGAGUCGCGGUCACAGCUGCGCAGCCCCCGGCCGACCCCGGGACGACCGUCCCCCGUCGGGGCGCCGGGAGCCCCGCCGCAGAGCAGCUGCUACAAGUACCGGCCGCCCGCCGCCUUCCCGUCACCAGGCUUCCCCCGGCUGGUGACGGGGCGCGCGUCGCCGUGCGUGGACCAAGGCUACCACACGCUGGGGUGGUGCAGUCCGUGCAGUCCGUGCAGUCCGUGGCGGCACGGCGAAGGCUGGCCCGAGCCGCAGCCGCCGCAGCCCUGGCCCGACCUGCCGUGGGACCGCAACGCAGGCAUCGCCGGCAACGCCAACAACGGACUGCCCCGGGGCACGCCGUCGACGCAGAUCGCGGUGCGCUCCGCCACGCCGUCCAGCACCACGCCCGCCUUCGACAGCCUGCAGGACGACGUCGUGCUGCAGGUGUUCUCGUGGCUGGACAGCCUGACGCUGGGCCGCUGCGCCCGCGUGUGCCGGCGCUGGAGCUCGCUGGCGUGGGAGCCGACGCUGUGGCGCUCCGUGCGGCUGCGCGGCCCCGGCGUGAGCGGCGACCGCGCCGUCCGGGGCAUCCUGCGGCGCCUGGGCGGCUGCGGCGCCACCAUCCAGCGCCUGCAGGUGUCCGACGGCGCCACCCUCACGGACCGCGGCCUCACGCAGCUGGCGAGGCGCUGCCCCGGCCUGCAGCACCUGCAGCUGCACAACUGCCCGCAGCUGGGCGACGCCGCGCUGGCGGAGAUCGCGGCCCGGUGCACCAGCCUGCACCGCCUCGACCUCACCGGCUGCUCCAACGUGUCCACGCUCACCGUGACGCCGGGGCCCGAGCCGCCGCGCCGCCUGCUGCUGCAGUACCUGGACCUGACGGACUGCGACGCCGUGGAGGACGCCGGCCUGCGCAUCAUCGUACGCAACUGCCCGCAGCUCGUGUACCUCUACCUGCGCCGCUGCGUGCACAUCACAGACGCCGGCAUCAAGUUCGUGCCCAGCUUCUGCUCCCAGCUGCGCGAGCUGAGCGUGUCGGACUGCAGCCAGGUGACGGACUUCGGCCUGUACGAGCUGGCCAAGCUGGGGGCCACGCUGCGGUACCUGUCCGUCGCCAAGUGCGAUCAGGUGUCGGACGCGGGCCUCAAGGUCCUCAGCCGGCGGUGCUACAAACUGAGGUACCUGAACGCCCGCGGCUGCGAGGCCGUGAGCGACGACGCCAUCACGGUGCUGGCGCGGUCCUGCCCGCGCCUCCGCGCCCUGGACAUCGGCAAGUGCGACGUGAGCGACUCGGGGCUCCGGGCGCUCGCCGAGAGCUGCCCGAACCUCAAGAAGCUGAGCGUGCGCGCGUGCGAGCUGGUGACGGACCGCGGCAUCCAGUGUAUCGCCUACUACUGCCGCGGCCUGCAGCAGCUCAACAUCCAGGACUGCCAGAUCUCGCUGGAGGGCUACCGGGCCGUCAAGAAGUACUGCAAGCGGUGUAUCAUCGAACACACCAACCCGGGUUUCUUUUGAGACCGAGACAGACCCAGAGAUAUAUUUUUAAGCCGUCUCUUCCUAAAGUGUGUGUAUUUUUGAAACCUUUCCACACGGGGAAGAUUUGGUUUACUUUGCCAAACUUGUAUAUUUUUAAUUAACGCUGUACAUUGUUGUGAAUGUACAUUGUCUUGUUUUUACUGUUUCCCUGUGCAGUGUUAUUUAUUUAUUUCAUGUAAUUAGGAAGUGAUGUGAGAAAGGGUCAUGAUCUAUGACAUUUAUUUGGUUUCCAAUUUUAAGUGACAAGGCCUCAAUUUGGUUUCAUUGUUCACAAUGUAUACCUGCGACUGAUGACAAUUUUUACAGGUUUGCCAUAUACUUGAAUAUGACUUCUAAGUAAUGUGGGUGAAGUUCGAUCAUUUCAUCAUUCUUGGAUCAUUGAGUAUGUAUUUGUAAUGCCAUAACAAGUAUAAAGAUGUGUUGAUUUCGACUCUAUUUUAUGAGUGCCAUAAUGAAUUUCUUAUACAUGCCAUUGUACGAAUUGAAUGAUGUUUCUGGUAAGAGGGGUAUGCAGAAUAUAUAAGCUGAAAACAAAUUGACGUAGAUCUACUCUAUCAUGUAUUAUGCAGAGUUGUCUCACGCCCCAUUCCAGAUUGACAGAUAUUUUAUGACAAUUAUUAAUGUUAUAAUAAUUUUAAAUUUGCUGUUGAAUUAAAGUGGAAGUCUGUUAA